ACACACCGAAAUCAUCUUAUCAUGUCACACUGAUGCUAUUAUAUAAUGAAUUUGGUUUUGAUUAUAUUAUAAAAUCCGCUCAUUUUACUUUAUUGAUAAGCAGUACUUAAUCUCUGAAUUAUUAUGGGGCCUCUCCCGAAAAAAUCUCUAAUGGACCGUUUAGUUUCCUAAUUGCAAUGACAAGAGGCAGACCUUUUUUCUGGAUAAGCAGCCUGCUUCUAAUUGGCGUUAUGGCAGACACUGUGGAACUUACCAGGGCCGAUCCCAAUGGCUUAAUCAUUAGCCAAGUGCUUAGUUACAUGGAUGAAAGUGUUGAACCCUGCCAGAAUUUUCGAAACUAUUCAGUCAAGUAUGCAAAACGGUUGAAGCCGCCGUCAUUAAUGGCAAAGUUUCAAAUCCUGUUCGACGAACUAAAGGAUCAGGACUUUGAGAAAGGUAGCCUGGAGGGGAAAAUGCAGCGAUUCUAUAACAUUUGCCUGGCAAGGAAGACAAGCAAUAGUCGUAUACCUCCAGCUCAGCAACUGACUAUGCAGGAACUGGAGAACCAGUAUGGAAAGUCCCUGGCGAAGUUUCUUGAAAACAUCUACGAUCAAACCAUUCCGCCCAGCGCUGUAGUGCAUGUUAAGAGCCAGGAAGACCUGAUUAGGUUCAAGGUAUUGUUAACAACCUUCAACCCCGAUAUAGAGUUGAAAGACGAGAUUUACCGAAUUUUUCAUUAUUCGCUAAGUUUCCCUGUCAUCGAAAGAGUUCACGGCUGUGUGAAGACUGUGAACCUUUACCUGCAAUUAGCUUCAAACCUUAUCUAUGAGGAGCGUAUCCUAGGCCCCGAAAAAGUAAGUCAAUAUCGGUCUCAGGUCGAUAAGAUUUUCGAAGCGAUACGCCAUCAAAUGAUCAUCAGACUGGAAAGAAACUCACAGAACUGGACGACGCCUGAAAUUAAGUACCUUCAGAGAAGCUUAAAUAACUUGACCCUAAGUAUUGCUAACAUACCAGAGGAAGUCAACCACCGUGAGUUUGUUACCGACUUUUACAAGGAUUUGGACUUCAACGACGACGACGACUACGAUUCUGCCGUUCAAAGGGCUUCGGAGUACAGGCUCCUUAAACAAGUAAACCAACUGGACCAGGGCUUGAAUACAAUAUAUAGCCGAGGUAAAAUCAUCGUAGUGCCUUACAGUUUAUUGGAAAAUCGAAUCUUUGACCUCGACAGUCAUGACUUAUUUAAGAUGACCGAGCUGGGAAUUCAAUUAGUAUUUAAUAUGUUAGAAAUUUGCAGGCCAAGAAGAUGUACCCAGCGUAACGGUAAUUUUCUGAAAAUAUUUGACGAUAACAAUAUAAUUACAGUAAACCUAUACUGUUCCAAGCUAUAUAGAAGCGAUGAUUUAUUAGCUAAGCAACAAGUGAUCCUUAUCGUCCUGAAUCUCGUCCAUGAAGCGUAUUUCGCACCGGAUUCAAAGUUCAACCAGAUUCAGCCCAGCUUCACCACAAAAACCCUAAGUCAACUGUCUUUUUUGAGGAUGGCUCAAAGCUUUACCACUCAAAUGGGCAUGUUAAACGAAAUGAUUAGCAAUAUAUUGCCAAAACUGCCGUCAUUUGCCCAGGCUUUUAAUUGUUCACAUUUAAAAAGGAUGACAACAAGAUAAUUACAGGGUAAAAUUAUGUUUAUAUUGCAUUUUAAAAAAUACGACAAUGAGUAUAAACAGAGGUCGAUGACCCUCUUUGCAACGCCGUUCUUAUCACCGGCUUAACACCGCAUUUUGAUGGAGUACAAUCCUUAUUUGAAAUUGUUGGGUCAACGAUAAGAAGUACAGACUUGCGGGCAGAGGUCCAACUGCUUAUUUGCACACUCAAUUUGAGGCAUUUGCCAUGAUUUAAUUAAUUGGCAGACCGUGUUCGAGGGCCACUUGCAGACUCAAUGCUGGAGCAAAUAAUGUAAAUCAGAAGAGUUGAGCUCAAGUGCUCGAUGAGAGGGUUUUGGAAAGGGGAUGUCGGGGUUCCUCUGCAAUCGAUUUAAAUGGUAUUGGAAUCAACUGAAGCGGAUUAAACAUGGUGGCGAACUAAUUGUGCAGAAACCAAGUUAAGCUAGCCUCCGCUCUCUUGGAGCAUAAUAAGUAGAAGAGUUCCAUAACGAAAUAUAGAUGUUCUCGAGACCAUUUAAACAUAGUUUAAACUAUCACGUACUUAAGAUAUUUAGUUAAGGGUAAAGUAAAAAUUUAUUUAAAUAUAAUAAGUAUUAAGUAUUUGUGGUGUAAUUAACGUAAACGCGAAUGGCUUAGUUUUACAUGAUUUUAAAUAUGAUCCAUAUAAAUAUGACCCAUAUAAAACAUAAUAACUUUGGGAAUUUACUAUAAUAAUUUUGUUUUAUUCUUUUUUGAUUUUUUCUUAGGAACUAAGCAAAUAGUGUAAAGUUGGGCAUGAUGUCCGCUCCCCUUGUUUGCUUUCUUCGUAGUCCAGGCCUAUAUAUAGAAACCCUUCUGGGCAAGGGUAUGCUAUAUAGCACAAAUGAAACCAAAUGCACGCGGCUUGGCAAGGCUUCAAGUGCCUCAACAAGUACAAGUGUUGUGUUCCAAAGGGGCCCGCGGGUAAUAUUUUCCAUUUCCAUUUAAUUACGCGCCCAGUGGGAGGUGGGAAAAUGUUGGUGCAGGGCGAAAUGCUGGAGGGAUCCUUGUGUCCUUUGUAGUUGCAUUUAAUUGUGUUUCGCCUGCGCCAUUUCGCUACAAUAAAUUGUUGCUCGCCCUGACGUUUUGACGGGUUGACUUGACUCGCCCGCUAGUCAGUUUCCCAUUUUCCAUUUUCCAUUUGCCAGUCGCACUCCUCAUCCGCUCCGCCUUCCUGUGGGGCCCUCUUCCUGCUCGGCGGCUUCCACUUUUCUGGUUGGGCUUGAAGUUGCCUGACCCAAAAACACAUUUCAUUUCAAUGUAUCCUUUACUUUCACUCAUCCGCACACAUAGGAAGCGGAGGCAAAAGGAGGCGGUAGCUCCGUGUCACACUUUGGCAUGCAGCGCAAGGCUCUUGCCGCUUCAAUUGUUUCUUGUGGACCCAUUUUAUCUCGCUGAUGCAGUCCAGGAUAGGCGGGAUUUCUUUAUUUGAGUCAAGCCCCCGCCCAAGUGCUCGAGUGCCGUCGUGUGUGUGCGAGCCCAUUCAGCCUGCAAUCAACACAACGCAUCCUGCAAUUAUCAACAUCAGUCGCCUUCGUCGAGGCCCCUCCAUUAACCCUUUGACGGGCAUCGGCCUCGAAAGACACCAUCUGAAAAAAACCUUUUAAAUCGCUUGAGGUUAAAGGUUUUCAAGCUGUUAUUGAACCUGUUUCAAAGGCUUAUGUUUAGCAAAAAUAGGUUUAGUUUUUGGGCGGUAUGAUUAUUUGUUAACCGUUUUAAUUAAUCCCAAAUGCAGUUGAACAUUUGUGCAGGCACUUCGUAAUAUAACUAACAUUUUGCUAGCGAACUCGCACAACAACUUUUGUUUUUCAUAGUUAACGUAUAACCACUUUGGAAUUAUAAAUCAACGACAAGGAGAUUUAGAUUGUCUAAGCCAAAAUGAUUACAUCUUGUUAAAAAUCAAUUUGCAAAAUUCCUAGCGAUCAGUCAAAAUAGGAUUACUUUGGCAAAAUAUUGUUGAUAUUUGUUGUCCCGGACACCAAGUAAAGGUUAAACUGGAUUCCGUUAAAGUAAACACCGCUGCGGCUGUCGUGGAGUCAAGUGGUUACUCCACUUUAUGCAUCCUUAAUUGCUCGACUGGCAGGUGGGACACGAGCACACGUCCACGUCCUGUUCCCGUGACACUGAUUCGCUCGGCCCAAGAGGUGAGUUGAUGGGGAGCCCGGGGAAAGGGUGGGAAAACCCAAGGCGAAGAAAACUGGCCCACUUUAGCCCACGGCAUGCCCAAGUGGAACGAUUUGUCGCCUUGAUAAAGUCAACACGAUUUGCAUAUGUUUGAAUUUCACUUGUCUCGUGAUAUUAAUGACAAACUUAAAUAUGGUUAGGGAUGCGGGUGG